AGACAAAAUUUGACAACAACUGACCAACCUUAAACACACAACAUUACCAAACAGGUCAUGAAUUAAGUAGUGACUUGAAAGCAAUUUCUGUGUUCGUAUUAAUGCUAAUAGUCCUAAAAAUUUAAGCUUUUAGCACAGCAAAUAAGGGUAUAGAAAAUUUCAUAAAGCCACAAUCCAAAACAACCAAACUGUUACAUUCCACAAACCAACUUGGUAAAAGCACUUAAACAUCAAACAGUAAAUUAAUUGAACCAAAUUGAGCAUAGUGAGAGUAGAGCACUAACAAAGGACAAAGUGGCUAGCUAAUGACUACAAAAUAAAAAAUGAUGAAAAAAUAUAGAGAAAAAUUAGAAAAUUACCAUGGAAGACGACAAAAGGUAGAGAACAUGUGGUUGUUAGUGUACAAGUCAAGGUGAAGAUAAAUAAUUCCAUGGCUUAGUUUGUAAUUAAUUUGUUCUAUGAUAAGUAAAUGGGAAAAACAAAAAUCAUCCAUAUCACUCUAGCCAUAUUUCAAUGAUUUAGAGCCUAUAUGACAUAUCCACUUGUUGAGAUUGUUGUUGCUUUAUGCUUUAUGUAUAGAAAUAUAUAAUUAUCUUUUCUUUACAUCUAAUGUUCAAUUAUGCGUAUCCACCAAAAAAAUGUUCAAUUAUGCUUUAUAGUUGGGCAAAAUGGACGUUACAAAAAAGCAAUUGACCAAACCAAGUACCGCAACUAAGAAGGUAACGAACUAUGAGAAACAAAGAAUGAAGAAUAUUAAUAAAAACCGUGAGAGAAUGAAUGCUCUAGGAGUGAAGAAUAUAACAACUUGUUUGAAGGCUACGGUUCAACGUAAGAAAUUGAGGAAGCAAAAACAAAUACCAAUUGAGGAAAAUGAUGAUGAUUAUCGACCGUCAGAGGCUGAAGAUGGUAGUGACACUGAAACCUAUGAUUCGUUUGAGCAUGAGCUGUUAGAGAUACCAUCGAGAGCCCGUUCACAAUCUCAUUAUGAGGCAUUGACCCACGCAUUAGAAGAGGGGGAUACCUCUUCACGUCCUGAGGUGACUGCUGGUAAUACUAUUGGUAAGACACACUCUUUAUUUACAUUGAUUUGAGAUCUUAAUUAAAUUUGUUCACAUACUAUUUCAAUAUUAUGGCUUCACAAUAUCCGUUGCUAAGCAUGCUCGUGGCCCGACUCGAGGCAAAGAGGUUCAAGGCCUUGUUGAUAAAGACGGAAAGCUUAGCGUGCCUAUCCCUCCAGAAUUUCGUGCACCGGUAGGGGACUAUGCCUCAAAACUAGCCUCAAAGAUUGGUGUAGAAAUGCGAACUCGUUUACCAAAUCCAAGUGUUCGUAGGUGGAAGUAUGUUGAUGCCUCCGUUAAGGAGGCGAUGUUUCAAUGCUUGAAUGAUCAAUUUGAUUUACAAGGAGACCCUGUUGAUAUAGAGAAGGCAAUGAACAUAAAAUUUGGUCGGAGAUUGAGUAACCAUACCUAUAGGCUGCACAAACAAUUCAUGGAGCUGAAGGAGGCUAAAGGGGAGGAGUAUGCAAGAAACCACCCACCAAAGAAUGUCGAUCCUACCAAGUGGAUAGAUCUUAUUGAUAAAAAGUGGAACACUAAAGAAUUUCUGGAACAAUCAAAGGCCAACAUCGCGAAUAGAGAAAGGAUGUAUACAAAACAUAGGUGUGGUUUUAGGUCAAUCCCUGUUAGAGUAGAAAAACUGGCACGAGAAAAGAAGAUGCUACCUGAUCUAGCAGAAUUGUACAAGGAAACUCACUAUAAUGAGAAAACACAUGAGUGGAUCUCAUCUCAAGCUUAGUGUAAUUAUGAAAAUAUGAUACAGACACAGGCUGAUCACCUCUCACAGCCAGGAUCAACCCCUUUGACUGCAGAAGAGCUAUCAAUCAAAGUCCUGAAGCCAAGGUCUGGCUAUGUGAAGGGACUUGGCAUGAGACAUUCAUCCUCUAUUAGGAGAGCCACCACCAUAUAUGCUGAAACAAAUGAUUAUGUGAAGCGCCUUGAGAUGCAAAUAGAGACACAAAAGGAACAAAUACAAAUGCAGAACAAUAAAAUAGAAGAUCUUGAAGAGGGUAAGAAGAAGCAAGGGGAGAUAAUGGCUGAUGUUGUCAACUUUUUGAGGACCAAAGGAUUCACUGGACACUUUGGAAGUGGAGGGGACUCAUCCACAAGUGGACAUACUUCUUGAUUGGAUUGGGGUGGCAUUUUUGACGUGCAACAAUGAUGUAAUUUGUUUGAAUGUUCAUUUUUGUUUGAUAAGGAUACACAUACUUUUUGGAGUUACACUAGUUAUUGUUGGAUUUUUGGCGGAAUUGAACAAGUUAUAACUUUUGGAUAUUUUGUGGAUAUUUCACUAUUAUAUUAUAUCAGGAUGACAUUAUUUGUAAUGAUGAAUGGAUAUUUUCAUUUUGUUAA